AUGCCGCCGUUCGUCCCGCGGAAGCGAGAGCACUCGCCAGAGCCAUUGCCCCAGGCCAAACGUCAAAAGAAGCCGGCCUCGAAGGACAAGAAGCCUACGCUGUUCGAGGCAGCUGAUACGCCGAGCGGAAAGCUCAAGUCUAGCAGAGAAGCGCAGGAAUAUCUAGACGGCCGCGACGACGACGACGACGAGCUCAGCGAUGUCGACAGCGACGAGUUUGAGGACGCACAGCCUUCGAAGAAACAGAAGACGGCACACGCACCAGCAGAGGAUGACGAUGAUGAGAUGGACUGGGAGGAUGCAAUAGGAGAAGGGUCUUCAGCUGCCGCCAAAACACCAGCAGCCGAUCAGGACGAUGGAGAGAUUGGCGACAUUUCAGUAUCGCUCAACGACGAUGGCACAUACGUCGAACCUCUGGUGUCGCUGGCUACCGGCAAGAAAGGGCCUUCCAAGCGAGAACGCCAGAUCCGCGUGCUUACCCAUUGCUUGCACGUCCAGACACUACUAUGGCACAACACUGUUCGGAACUCAUGGCUGAAUGAUAAAGAGGUGCAUAGCAUACUGCUUGAUGGACUGACCGAAGGCGUCAAAAGUGAAAUCACCAGAUGGAGGGAGGCUAUGGGCACUCUCAGUAAAGAAGAGCUGGAAGCGAAGAAGAAGGAAGCGGCAGCGAAGAAUCGGGGCAAGCAAGGACGCAAAGGCAAAGAGAAGAGUAGUGGAAGAGAUUGGAACUACGACGCACAGCAUACAGAACAAGGCGUGCCGAACUUGAGCGGAGGCGAUCCGUUACUGCGUCUUCUUAAGAUGCUGACGGCAUAUUGGCGGAAGCGUUUCACUGUCACAGGCCCUGCACUGAGGAAGCAAGGAUACAUGCCUCUGAAAAGGCUACGAGAUGACAUCAAAGCGUGGGAGAAGAACAGAUCUGACGCCGAAGAGCAUGGAGAACGUGUGAAUAAUAAGAAGGCAUUUCGUGAACUGGCCAGGAGGUGUGAAGGCUCAAGAGAUGUUGGUGGGCAGUUAUUCGUUGCCUUGUUGAGAGCUGUGGGCCUCGAGACCAGAAUGGUGGUAAACCUGCAGCCUGCUGGACUUGGGUGGAGCAAGGCGGAGGAGGCCAACCCAAAGAAGUCUAAGAAAGAACAAAACGCUGAAGCUGCUGCUGAAGAACCCGAGACCAAUGGGAAAUCAGCGAAGCACCCUUCGAGUGCGAAGAGCGCGGAAAAGGCGCUACCAAAGCUCAAGGAAGCAAAACCCAAGCGCAAGUCGGCCAGGGGAAACCAGGGGCGGCCCAUCAAUUUGGACGACUCUGGAAGCUCUUUGAGCGAGCCACCGUCCAGCGACUCAUCGCCAGAGGAAAUGGAAGACGAUGACGAUGAUCUGUCCGUCAUUGAUGUCACACCCUCAACACGGAAGAAACCGACGACGAAAUACGAUCGCGAUCUCGCUUUUCCAACUUAUUGGGCAGAGGUGUGCUCUCCCGUGUCACACAAAUUCAUUCCGGUCGAUCCCAUCGUCUUGUCAACCAUCGCUUCGAACGACGAGCUGCUUCAGACAUUUGAACCUCGUGGCAAGAAGGCCGAGAAUGCGAAGCAAGUCAUCGCUUACACAAUCGCAUUCAAUGCCGAUAACACCGCCAAGGAUGUAACCAUUCGCUAUCUAAAGAAGCAUCAAUUACCUGGAAAGACGAAGGGAAUGCGCAUGCCAGCCGAAAAGAUCCCCAUCUACAACAAGCGAGGCAAAGUCAAAAAGUAUGAGGACUAUGAUUGGUUUCGUACGGUCAUGUCUUUGUACGAUCGGCCAGAACUCAAGCGAACGCCGGCAGAUGAUCUCGAGGAGCAGACAGAUCUCAAGCCAUUCAAGGCUGGCAAAGAAGAAAAGGAAGUUGAAAAAGAAAGCUUGCAGUGGUACAAGCAAUCUGCUGAAUUCGUGCUCGAACAGCAUCUCCGUCGCGAGGAAGCCAUCAAACCCGGCUCUAAGCCAGUCAAGAAGUUUUCUGCCGGAAAGGGCGACAAGGCAAAGGAACAUGAUGUUUACCGUAGAGACGAUGUCGUCCCUUGCAAGACCGUGGAGUCGUGGCACAAAGAAGGACGCAUGAUCAAGGAGGGUGCCCAACCGAUGAAGCACGUUCCCAUGCGUGCCGUGACAUUGAUCCGCAAGCGCGAGAUGGAGGAUGCUCUUCGUGAGACCGGCGAGAAACUUCAACAAGCCCUGUACAGCUGGGAUCAGACGGAUUGGAUCAUUCCACCGCCCAUCGAGAACGGGGUCAUUCCCAAGAAUGCGUUUGGCAACAUGGACGUCUAUGUCGAUACCAUGGUGCCGAAAGGGGCUGUACAUCUUCCGUUGAAGGGAACAGCAAAGCUAUGUCGCAAACUCGAGAUUGACUACGCAGAGGCCUGCACAGGUUUCGAGUUCGGGAAACAGCGUGCUGUGCCGGUUCUCACAGGUGUCGUGGUCGCCCAAGAGAAUGCCCAGAUGGUCAGGGACGCAUGGCGUGCUGAGCAAGCGGAGAUAAAGCGCAAAGAGGAUACGAAGCGAACCGAUACCGCACUACAUUGGUGGCGGAAGAUGCUUAUGGGUCUUCGGAUCAUUGACAGAAUGCGCGUCGAGUACGCCAACUCUGGAGGUGCUGAAGAGGAGAUCAACCCGUUUGUGAAGAAAGCGAAGUACGAAGGACGCGAGGAAAAUAUUCCUGACGAUAAUAACAAUGCUGGAGGGUUUUUCCGCCCAGGCCACGACGAGGAGGAAGUACCUCAAGGACGACCCAAUCGCGAGGUUGAAGACGAUCUUGCUGGGGGCUUCAUGGCCGAGGAUGACGACGAAGACGAGGAUGUCACCCACGAGGAUGCUGGUGACGGAGGGUUCUUGAUUGAAGAAGAUGCGGAGAGCUUGCAGCCUUCCAAGCCUGUGGAAGCUGGCCAUCAUGCGCCUGUCACCCCGAUCUCGUUGCAGUCGCUGCACCAUCCUGUUGGCCGUGGAGAAGACGAGUUUGAUGGAGGGGACGAUGAGAACGACGAACCCGAUGAGCUCAGAGCACCCAGCGUUAACGCGAAGGUGGAGGGUGCUCGAUCAAACAAGAAUUCUCCAAAGAGGUCCAAAUCGAAAGCCAAGGCGAAGGUCACCUCCGACAGCGACGAGUCUCCUCUGUCUGAUCCGGAAGAUGAAGACGAGCGUGUCAUCGUAUCGCGCAAGAGGACUUCCCCAAAGGUCAUCAUCACACCUCAGGCUAAAGCGAAGUCGUCUGCUCGAGCCAGACCUAGUCGCUCAGCAGCUAAGAAGGCUACGCCGGUUAGAAGCCAGUACUUCUUCGCCGCUGACGAUGACGAAGAUGACGAGCAAUCCAGUGAACAGGAGGUCGUCAAGCCGAAACGUACAACAGCACGAACGAGAAACAAGAGAGCAUGA